ACGUGUGUUCCGAGAAGCCCAACACGACAUAUCGACUUUGAUCUCUUCUUUGGUUCGGUUUCUCGCAUCUCCCAUUGUCUGGUCGAAAGAUCGAUGCUUUAUUCGGUAGAUUCGAUUGAUCUUUCUUCAUCGAAUGAUUACUGAAGUUGGGAGAGGAGCUUAUUUAGUAUCGCUCCAAUGAACGGUGCUUCCAACAGCUUACGGGCAGCGUUCUCUUACUGCGUACAGCAAGUGCGAAGCUAUGACUACCAUCACUACCUCUGCCUUCUCCAACUCCCACCCGAUAUGCGAAAACCCGCAUUUGCCCUCCGUGCUUUCAACGUAGAGACGGCAAAAGCCAUGGAUGUUGCAUCUGACCCCAAAAUUGGUCUCAUGAGGUUGCUUUGGUGGCAAGAAGCAAUCGAUAAACUCUACUCCGGAAAGCAAAUAAACCAUCCGGCUGCGCUAGCUCUGUCAUGGGUAAUAUCCGAGCACAAGAUAAGUAAAGCAUGGUUAAAACGUUCGGUUGAAGCCAGAAUACGAGAUGCCCAAAGGGAAGCCGAUGAUAUACCCGAAAACAUCGAGGAGCUUGAGAAAUACGCAGAGGACACGGUUUCAACUCUUCUCUACAAUACCCUUCAAGCGGGAGGCAUCAGAUCAACCAUGGCUGAUCACGCUGCUUCACACAUCGGUAAAGCCAGUGGCCUCGUCCUCCUGCUUAAGUCCUUACCAUACCAUUGUUCCAGAAACCGCCAUUACGCAUAUAUCCCGGGAAAACUAGCUGAGAAACACGGUUUACUUGUAAGAGAAGGUGGGCGGUCAGAGAUCCGGUUGGAUCCACACUCUAGAGAAGGAUUGUGUAACGUGGUGUUCGAUAUUGCUUCUGUUGCGAAUGUACAUCUGCUGAAAGCUCGCGAACUGGCUGGAAGAGUUCCGAUGGAAGCUAAGCCGGUGAUGCUGCAAUCGGUGCCUGCACAGGUUCUGCUGGAUUCGUUGAGAAAGGUACAUUUCGAUGUUUUCGAUCCGAGGUUGCAGAGAGGAGUUCUGGGUGUUCUUCCUUUGUGGUUUCAGAUGAAACUCAAGUGGUAUUCAUGGAGAGGACAAUACUGAAAACUCUGUCUCCCCUUGUUUUCAGUUCCGUCAGAGUUGGGCCUUGAACCCAAAUGGGCCAUUGUCUUUUACUCUCUUUUUUUGAAAUUAUAGGCCUUAAUGGGCCAUGCUUGUAGCCCAAGUUGUCUUUAUUUGAAUUUCUUCAAUAAAAUCAUCACAU